AUGGAGCCGACCGGCCGGAGUACCAAGAGGAUGAGACCCGCGCCACCCGACAUCCACCAAUCGACGCCAGGUCCAGCGGAGACGACCGAUCUGGAAGCCACGACCGCGGGGAGAACCCAACACCCGCCGCCGGGAGCUGGGAGAGAUGGCGGCGAGGGGUCGCCGGACCGCAUCAGCGAUCUUCCCGACGCGGUCCUCGGCGAGAUAAUCUUCCUCCUCCCCACCAAGGACGGCGCCCGCACUCAAGCCCUCGCGUCCCGGUGGCGCCACCUCUGGCGCGCCUCCCCUCUCAACCUCGACUGCCGGGGCCUCUCCGGCAACUUCCCCGGCGCCAUACUCUCCGCCCACGGGGGCCCCGUCCACCGCCUCUGCCUCCCGUCGCUCCUCCUCCAGUACAGAGCCGAUGUGGCAGGCACCUGGCUCCGCUCCCCCUCCCUGGACAAGCUCCAGGAGCUCGAGUUCUACCUAGAGCUGCCAAUAACAUACAGAUUUUCGUUCUCAAGGUUACAGCUGCUGCAACCACCGCCGGCGUCCAUCUUCAGGUUCUCGUCCACUCUCCGCGUUGCCACCAUCAGUCAGUGCCAUCUCCCGGACAAUACUGUGGAGACGCUUCAGUUUCCCCUGCUCAAGAAGCUUGCGCUCGUGGAGGUCAAAAUCUCGGAGGGCUUGCUGCAGAGCAUCAUCACCUCCGGCUGCCCUGCCCUGGAAAGCUUGUUGCUCAGGACUAGUUUUGACAUCCGUGGUCUCAGGAUCAACUCCCCUAUCCUUAAAAGUAUAGGCGUUCAUUCUAGGUUUGUAGAACUCAUCAUUCAGGAUGCUCCUUCACUUGAAAGAUUGCUCUGUCUGAGAAUGGAUAUGAGAAUGCGAGUGUCAGUAAUCUCCGCACCUAGACUGGCGACCUUGGGUUACAUUUCUCAGGAUUCACCGGACUCCAAAAUCAUGUUUGGCUCCACAGUUAUUCAGAGAUUGUGCGUUGUUAGCCUGACAAUGGUGGUGCGUACUGUCAAGAUCUUGGCUGUCCAUAUGAAUUUUAAUCUGGAUAUGGUUAUUGAGUUGAUGAAAUGCUUCGUAUGCCUGGAGAAGUUGUAUAUGAAGAUUCAGACAGAUUCACCAGCAGGAACAAAUUUCUGGCGUCAUAAACACCGGAAUUUUAUCACAUCUCAGGACAUUCGUUUGAAGACCUUAGUGCUAGGGCAUUACCGAGGCAUCCAGGCACAAGUUAACUUUGUCACAUUCUUCAUACUGAAUGCGAAACUGCUAGAGUCCAUCCGACUUGAGGUUGAUUCCAGGGAUUACAAUGACGGAUUUUUCGCAGAACAAUGUAGGAUGCUUCAGAUGGAGAAAAGGGUUUCUAGAGGUGCUCAGCUCUGUGUUACAACAGGUUCUCACAAUGAUGUUUCGAGCACCGUUGACCUCAGUGAUUUGGAUUUGGUUGAUCCAUUCACAUGUAGAUGUUGA